AUGGCCGGCGAGAGGUAUGAGCUUCCGGUCAUCGAACCCACAGACAAACCGAGAAUCUCAACAAACGUCCGAGCUGUUGGCAAAGACUCGAGAACCAACUCUGCCGCAAGCUCUUCUGUCCACUUUUCGCCGAUAUCAUACAAUACAUGCAACACCGAGUCAACAUUCGUAUCGCCAGGCUUGUUGCGACAGAACUCUGUCCGCGAACGACCUGCUCUACAAGGAUAUCCCAAGCUAGCACGAUUCAUUGGCGAGAGACCUGGUUUUGCCAUCUUUCGACGUUUCUCCGAACUCAAUGCGAGGAAUUUGCUGUAUCUGCAGGCGGAGUUGCUCGAUAUUGAGGAAGAGUUAUAUGAGACUGAGAUAGAUGAUCAGAGAGAUCAGGAUUUGAGGCAACUGCAGUUCAGCAUGCGUGGUACGACUCUUUGCUGCAUGCUCUUCAAAACUGCUGUUAACACCCAAAAGNGUAUCCACAACGGAAGAAUUGCUCCAGAGGGCUCCAGAGCUCGUUCGCGGUAUAAACUUUAUGAGGAGCAGCGAAAGCUCUUGAAGGAAUACAGUGAGUGA